UGAGUGGCCGCUUGACUGGACUUUCGCUGCGGCACUAUGAAAACGGGUUGCAUUUGCUUCCUAGAACCAACGAGGGAACUGAAGAACACAAAACUUUGACUGAGAGGGUGGAACAACUUUGGGAAACUCUAGGAACCCUGAAAUCGUUUCGUAUGAGUGUUGUUCAUGAAGAAGGUGACGCUGAUCGAUGGAAGGUAUGUUCUGUGAUUUCUUCACCGAAAGAUGCUGAUCAAUCUGCAGGAUGGCCAUCCCCAAGAUUUCUGGACCGACUUCCCAAAACUCUUCCUAGAGCCGAUGCAAAACAACCUGAAACGGCUUCUUUUGUAUUCUAGCCUGAGAAUUGGCUUCUCCCCUAAAGUCGACUUCCGAUCUGCCCACUUUCCACAUCUCAAGUCAUUGACGCUGGGCUUUUUCGCUUUUUGCAGAGAUUGGCAGUUUGACUGGAUCCUAAGUCACGCAGACACACUCGUUGAGAUCAAUCUCGACAGUUGCUCUAUUCUGUUUCAGGUGUACUAUACAACCGUAAACUGGCUAGAUGAAGAUGGAUUCCCCAGGGGCGAUGUAGACCCCGGCGAGCAUGUCGCCGAGUUUAAUCGCAGCCCUCCCUAUCAAACCCGCUGGUAUGAGGUUUUCCAGAGAUUUGCGGAUGAACUUGGACUUUUGCGAGAAUUCAGGUUCGGCAUUUCAGAUGGCUGGCGAUCCGACGAAUCUGUACGGGUUGGGGGAGGCUGGCAGAGCGUUCCGAGAAUGCCUUGGGAAGCUGAAAGAGCCAUCGAGAACCAGAUAUUCAAUGGAGCUUAUAUAGCUUACAUGGGCUGGGACGACAUUUACGAAUCUUGCAGCGAGUUUGACCUCGAGGAUCUUGAUGAUGAGGAACGAGCUCGGGUAGACCCGCCCCCUCAGUGUAGAGACGAGGACGAAGCGGCGUUGCGGAAGCUGUUGGAAAAAUUAGGGAAGGACGGAAGUCUUAAGAAGGAUGACAGUAAGGUUGAUUAUUCCGAACGGUUUGGAUGGAAGACUACCAAUGGGGAUGUCGUUGAUUAGCGGUAGUCCCUGUCAACCUAUGACAGUACAUGGAUGUUAUACGGAACGGAGUUGAG